CGCCGUGGUGGCGUGGGGGAGCUGCGUAUAGCCCCAGUCUCUCGCAGGAGGACAUGAUAGCGGGAUGAGGGAGUAGGGUAUCCCUUCGCGACAGGACAUCCUGGAGGGACUCGCAGGGUCCCAAUCGCCUACUUUAGCUGUGGCGUACCCUCACGGAGCGGGCAGUGUGCGCAGCAGCACAGGGGACGCCCGUCCAUGUGAGUCGGAACGACUUGGCUGGGCCAGUUCCUUGAGCUGAGGCAUCCGGAUAGCUGCUGCGGUGAAUGCACGUCGGUUGAACAGAUGUUUUUGACAAAAGGCUUGAAAUCUCUCCUUCCCAACGUACUGAGAAGAACAAUUCGAUGCAACAGACUCAGUAUUAGUAAUACUUCUGGAAUGGCAGAAGGCUAUAAACAAGCCAACGUUGUGAUUUUGCCUAAGUCCCUGGCUGAUGACUUUGAGAAGUUCUGCCAUGCAAAUGAUGGACCUCUGCCACUCCUGUGCAGAAGUAAACCAGGUGACUGGAAAUGUCCUUCUUUGAGUAGCGAUUCUGAUAUCAGAACUGACUGCCUGCAGUACAGAAUAUAUGAGCAUGGAGCUUGCACUGGAUCACUGAAAAACCUAAAGGAGUAUUCUCAACAACUGAAGGACAUGGUGACCUUUUACAUAGGCUGCAGCUUCUCCUUCGAGAAAGCAUUCCAAGAUGCUGGCAUUCCCAUAAGAAAUGUUGAGCAGAAAUGUAAUGUAAGCAUGUAUAAGACAGAUGUGCCUUGCUAUACCAUUUCUCCAUUUUGCUGCAACUUAGUAGUCACCAUGAGACCUAUUCCUGAAAGCAAGUUGGGAGCGGCUGUACUAGCGACAUCUGAGUUAAAAGAAGCCCAUGGAGCACCAAUUCACAUAGGUGACCCUGGUCUGCUGGGAAUACAAGACCUUUCCAAACCAAACUAUGGAGACCCAGUUCACCUCCACCCUGGUGAUAUUCCAGUGUUUUGGGCCUGUGGAGUGACAGCAGUAGAAGCAGUCAUCAAUUGCAGACCUCCAUUAGCUUUUACUCACUCUCCUGGCUGUAUGUUCGUUACCGACCUAAAGAAUGACAAUGCUGCAGUCAGAUCUUCAAGAGAAGUCCCACAAGUCCACUGCAUCUCACAAAAUCCUCUGCACUAUAGCAUUGUGUCAGCAGAAGCAGCCCAAAAGAUAAACACUCUAGAGACCCUAAUUGGAAUAGAUCCAGGAGAACGAGGUAUAACCCACCUACGCGGGCAGGGCGAGCUGCUGAAGGCUUGCCUGUCCAUGUCUCACGCGCGGUCAGUGCUGGUAACAACUGGAUUUCCUACCCACUUCACUUACGAACCGCCGGAAGAGAACGAUGGGCCCCCGGGAACCCUUGCUAUUGCAGCUAUGUUGCAGGCCUUGGAGAAAGAGGUUGCCAUAGUAACAGACCAGAGAGCCAUGAAUCUGAAUAAAAAGAUUAUCGAAGAGGCUGUUCAAAUAGGAAUCCUGAAGAAGCCUGUCCCUCUAUUGAGUUACCAAAGGGAAAGUGCUGAUUCAGCUCUAACAUUUUUGUGUGAGAAUGGGAAUCCUGGAAAACCUAGAUUUGAUCACCUGGUAGCAAUAGAGCGUGCUGGGAUGGCUGCUGAUGGCAACUAUUACAACGCCAGGAAAGUUAACAUUAAACACCUUGUUGAUCCCAUAGAUGAACUAUUUUUAGCUGCACAAACCAUUCCAGGAGUCACAACUACAGGUGUUGGAGAUGGAGGAAAUGAAUUGGGAAUGGGCAAAGUAAAAGAUGCUGUAAAGAAGCACAUUAAAAAUGGAGAUGUUAUAGCUUGUGAUGUCGAAGCUGAUUUUGCUGUUGUGGCUGGAGUCUCUAACUGGGGAGGCUAUGCCAUAGCUUGUGCUCUGUAUAUUCUCAACACUUGUGAAAUCCAUGGCCGCUAUCUGAAGAAAGCUGUUGGGUUUCCGCACUUAGAUAAGAAGACGACCUGGCUUCCAGCACUUCCCUCAGUUACCAAGGAAGAAGAACUUCUGAAGAUACUUGUGAGGCAUGGGGUCCGUAGUGGAAAAACUGCCAGCCUGGAGAUGGAAGUGGAUGGGCUGCCCUUUUACAACACUCACUCACUUAUGAUUGAAAAGCUGCUGCAAGAAGUGCAACAAUGACUGGCUCUAAUGAUUUCUUUGUCAAGAGUCAUUCCCAUGUUAUCUUCUUACCUCUUUGGUUCUCACAAGGUACAGAAGAUCAGAAAAAGAUAACUUAUCAUCUCUGGUGUCUUUGCUGCACAAAACCAUUCAUUUUUACCCUUACAUCUUCUCUGUGAAGCAAGAAGAAGAUAGCAUCAAGAUGAUUCUGUCUGCCUUUCUUUUCUGUAAUUCUGUAAUGGAUAAUGGAUAUUAAAUUAUAUUAUACCCUAAGAGGUGAUCUGUUUUUGACAAAGAAAGCUUCUCAUGAAAAUGAAAUAUUAAUGCAUUGCCGUUCCUGUUUUGCUAACCUUGUAACUGUAACAGGAAGUAACUCUUGUAGCAGCCUGGAUUUAAAAAUACCAUGUGGUGGGGAAGGCAGCUGCAGUGAAGAGGGGAAGGUCAAACAAAAAAACCCGGUGUUACAGUAGUGAAAGUUGUUAAAUACAGCUCCCUUGCACUCUUCCUGUGGCCCCUCUAAAACUGUUCUCUUAUGGCAGUGGAUAGUUUGGAGAAGUGUGAGGAGCUUAAGUGUAGAGGCUUAGCUGAGCUAAUGAAAAUGAGGGCAGUGCUGCAGAGCUGCUGUGUAAAGGGUGGCUACACCAUUUGCCUCCUUCAGGUUUGUAGUUUGUCGUUUACAUAUUUUUGUCCAUUUCUGGGUAAUUUAGGAAGGUAGCAGAUAUGUCAGGGUAACUCACUGUUAAGAUUAAAUUAAUUACAUCCACAAAUAGUGAUUAAAAACGAAUGCUUAGAAAUUAAAACAUGAGAAGAAAUGAAAAAGAACCCCAACCAAAACCAUUUGCAUCCAGGAUGAAGUAAAAUUGGUAAGCGAACGUUUAGAUGAUUUCCAGUCAUAUAGAUUCAGCUCCUGAUUCUAAGCGAAGCAACAUUAAAUUGUAUCUGAAAGGCUUAAUAGCACUGAACCAGUACAUGACAAA